AUGCAUUGCUGAUUAAAUAACCUAUCAGAUUUAUUGCUCUGUCAAUCAUAGCUUUUGUGAUUUCUGUGCAAUAAAUCAGCUCAGAAUUAUGGAUUUCCUAAGGUUUUUUCGGUUUAUAUUUUACGCCUGCUUGGCAUUUCAAGUAGCACAAUCUGCAAAGUUUGGCCACUUGAGAAAUCCACUUGAGAACCUGCACAAAAAUGAACCGAAAAUAAUUAAUGGCACUGAGGCGCAAUGGGAAGGGACGAGAUAUCAGGUGUCGGUGCGCUUGGCGGCGAGUGAUUGGUUUUUUGGUGCCGGGCACAUAUGUGGCGGUACGCUUAUCUCGUCCAGAGCCGUGCUUACGGCCGGACAUUGCAUAUGGAGUGCCAAUCGUUUUCGCAAUGCCAGCGAUUACUCAGUGGUUCUGGGAAAUUUGAAUCGUUAUCAGCGAGACAAUAACUCGUUAGUUUUCGGCGUGACAAAAAUCUCCGUGCACCCCAAUUUCAAUGCAACGACAUACGAAGCUGACGUGGCAGUGUUGCAUUUGGACGCUGCAGUGCCGCUGAAUUUUACAAAAGCCUACCCAAUACCACUAAAUGACGAACGCAAUUUGAGUGCAGGCACCGUUUGCCAGGUAUCCGGCUGGGGCCGCACCGAAAACGGCGGUUACUCACCUGAGUUGAGGGUGGUUGAUGUGGCCGUUGUGAAUAGGAGCCAAUGCGCCACUAAUUAUGGAGGUUUCAUACGCGAUGUCAUGAUUUGUGCUGGUUACAUGGAAGGUGGACGCGAUGCGUGUGUUGGUGAUUCUGGUGGGCCACUGGUUUGUGUUGGCAAACUGGUGGGCGUAGUGUCGUUUGGCGUGGGCUGUGCAGAACCCGGCUAUCCAGGCGUGUACGCUGAUGUGGCCAGCUACGUGAAGUGGAUACAAAACGAAACGAACUCAUUCCAGGAGUUGGGUGGUUUCACUGAGGAUGGUGCUGGUUUUAGUGAUAAUGGCGAUGACAAUCCUAGUCCCAUUGGUUAUGGUGGUGUUGUUGGCAAUAAUGCGGCCAUUGCGCGUAGUACAUUUAUGUUGGCAUUUUCGUUUUGGUUAUUUCUCAAAAAUUUGAUUUACGAACGCGAAAAUUUUGGAAUUUUUGGUUUUCGCGCUUUCGAUAAGAUAGAAAAUAUGUACAAAAACCUCAUAUUUCUGGUCAUAUUUUGUGGCUUCGUGCAUAUUUUGCUGACAUCGGCCACACCGCGUGGUCGUGAAGUGAGUUUCGAGCGCGAUGGUCGUAUUAUCAACGGUACCUUGGCGGAAUUCAAUGAUACCAAGCAUCAGGUCUCCAUACGCAGUCGUAGAAAUGAUGGAUAUUUCUUUGGUACCGGACAUUUGUGUGGUGGCUCACUGAUUAGAGCCAAUGUGGUGCUUUCAGCCGCUCAUUGUUUUGUCGAUUACAACAUCAACAAUGGCUCAUUCCGUCCGGCCACAGACUUCAUUGUCGUUAUGGGCAAUUUGGAUCGCUUCGAACGCAAUAAUUACACGCUCGUAUUUGACAUUGCAGAAGUCGUUUACAAUGUGAGCUACUUUAAUUUAUCCACCUAUGAGUCUGAUAUUGCUUUGGUGUUCCUAAACGAUUCAGUGCCAGAGACGUACACUCGAGCCCAGGCUAUUAAUAUAACUACGGAGCCAGUGGCUGCCGGCACUGUUUGUCAGGUGACGGGCUGGGGCCAAACUGAAAAUGGUACUCUGUCCGAUUACUUGCUGACGGUGGAUGUGCCCAUCAUAGAUUUCGACGUGUGUGCCAGCAAUACGAGUUUCUCGCAGGGCUUGAUCCGUGAAGGGAUGCUUUGCGCUGGCUAUUCGGAGGGCGAGCGUGAUGCAUGCAGCGGUGAUUCUGGUGGUCCACUGGUGUGCAAUGAACAAUUGGCUGGUAUUGUGUCGUGGGGAAUCGGAUGCGCACUACCAAGCCUACCAGGUGUCUAUACAAAUGUUUCCUAUUGGGCGAAAUGGAUCGAUUCACAGCUUAAUAGCGCAGCGAGUUUCACUCACACUUCUGGUCUCAUGACUUUUGUGGCUUUAUUUUGUGCUUUAAUAUUGAACAGAUAG